CGCCCGCCAGAUUCGGGCAUGGCGGCCAUGAGCCUCUUGCUGCGGGCCGCGGUCGCUUUGGGGUCCCGGCGGCCCCUGGCUUGCUCAGCGGUCUGGGGUCGCGCCCCCCUGCUGGGCAGGGCUAUCAGUCGCUCUGGAGUCAUCGCUCCAGUCCGCCACAGCAGCAGUCAUGGGAAAAGAAUGUUCGUCAUCAAGGCAACAGAGUUCUACGAUAAGCGAUUCUUGCGCUUGUUGAAAUUCUAUAUUCUUUUAACCGGGAUACCCAUAGUUAUCUUUGUAACGCUUGUCAAUGUCUUCAUUGGUGAAGCGGAACUGGCCGAGAUUCCGGAAGGUUACGUUCCAGAGCAUUGGGAGUACCACAGGGAAGAAGGAGAAGGAAGUGUAUUGGCUCAUGAAAGAAAGGGGGGACGGACCGUGGUUUCACUAUGAUUCCAUCGAUACCAGUCUUAUUGAUUACAGUCCUAAAGCCACGCCCGACAACUGAGCUUUCCAGCCUUCUGCCUCAAAAGGGACGCACCUGAAAGCGCAGCCGAAUUAUGUAAU